AUUGACUCCAGUGCUCAAAUGGUACUUAUAUUAUAGACCCCGAAAGAAUGAAAGGUGACGGUUUGUGGUCUGUACAGCACUAAAUAUACUCUUUGUCCAAGCCUGUAAUUUGCUGAAAUCUCUUCUAAAUUUCGAUACCAUCAUGAAGAAAACCAAACCAGAAAGAGAAACCUGGGGUAAAUGGUCGGAAUUUUUCUUCUCGAUUGUCGGCUUAGUGGUUGGUCUAUCAAAUAUUUGGCGUUUUCCAUAUCUCUGUUACAUUAAUGGUGGUGGAGCGUUCCUCAUUCCGUUUUUUAUAUUUAUGAUAUUUGCUGCCAUCCCGACAUUACUGCUUGAAAAUGCUGUUGCCCAAUUUGCAAAUUUAGGGCCAGGAAAAGUAUGGGUUAUGUGCCCCCUUUUUAAAGGUGUUGGCACUGCAAUGGUUAUAAUAAAUGCCCUUAUUGGUAUCUACUACAAUGUGAUCAUAGCCUGGGUACUGUACUACCUGUACACUUCCAUGCACCCCACACUUGCCUGGAGUACUUGUAAUAACACCUGGAAUACACAUCUUUGCUAUGACUCAAUUUAUUUGAUGAAAAAUUCUCGAGAUAAUUCUACGUUAGAUACGAUGCUAAACACAACGUUGGAUGUUAAUGUAUCUUCAUCUCUGGUACUGAAGUCAUCUGUUGAAGAAUACUGGGAACGUCAUGUAUUGAACCUGUCACCAAGUGUUAACAACAUAGGAACUGUACGACCACCUUUACUCUUGUGUCUCUUCUUGAUUUGGUUGAUAACAUUUCUCUGUCUUUCAAGAGGUAUCAAGACAUCUGGUAAGGUUGUGUACGUUGCUGCUACCUUGCCCUAUGUUUUCCUCACAAUCCUGCUGAUAAGGGGUUUAACAUUACCGGGAUCAAUGGAUGGAAUUUAUUACUUCGUGAAGCCAAACUGGGAAAAAGUAAAAGAUAUCUCGGUAUGGAAAGAUGCUGCAACUCAAAUACUUUUCUCUAUUGGAGUCGGUAUAGGUGGAUUAUCAACAUUAGCAAGUUAUAACGACUUCCAUAACGACUGCCAGAGAGAUGCCGUCAUUCUACCAAUAAUAGAUGGAUUAACUAGUUUUUUGUCUGGUUUGACAUCGUUUAGUAUCCUGGGUUAUAUGGCUCACCUUAGAAAAACGGACCUUGACAAUGUGAUAUCUAAAGGUCCAGGGAUUGCCUUUAUAGUUUACCCACAGGCACUUUCAACUUUACCCUUUGCUCAGAUCUGGGCAGUAAUGUUUUUCGCAAUGCUGGUGUUGGUCGGCUUAGACAGUCAGUUUGCCCAUGUUCAAGUGAUCGUUACUGCCAUUACGGACGCUUUCCCCGAAAAAUUUGGUAACCAUCAGACUUUUAUAACUGGGAUUGUCUGUUUGAUUAGUUUUAUUUUCGGAAUUACCUGUGUAACGGAGGGAGGACUCUACGUCUUACAAAUAAUAGACUGGUACUGUGCUAGUCUUUCUCUGCUGUUGAUAUUGUUUGCAGAAAUGGUUGGAAUUAUCUGGAUUUAUGGAGCGAAAAGACUAGAAAACGAUAUCAGCCUAAUGUUGGGUCGAAGACCUUGGCCAAUUUGGAAACCUUUCUGGGUUAUCAUCGAUCCGCUGUGUGUACUAGGUCUCUGGGUAUUGAGCAUAAUAUCCUUCAAACAUUUGACUUACGGUGACGGGUCUAUGUUUCCCAAGUGGACCAACUAUACAGGUUGGGGUAUUGCUCUAUUUACCAUCCUUCCGGUGCCAAUAUUGGGUACGGUAGAAAUCAUGAAGCACAAAGGAUCUUUACUCAAUAGACUAAAGCAAAGUGUAAAGCCAACCGCUGAGUGGUGUCCAGCAAAGUCAAGAGUUGAUCUCAAGAUAAGUAUCUCCAAGCCUGAGGAAGAAGUUGACAGCCAUCUUUUGUAAAAAUCCCUUGUGUCUAUGAAGUUAUUAUUUAUAAUACAUGAACUGUAAAUAUUUAAAUAUUUAAUGGCUAAUAAUGUUUUAGACACCAUUUCAUUAAACUCUAAGAUCGUAAUGAAAUAUGUAGAGCGAAACCCACAACUACAGAGGAAGGUCAUUCACAUGUCAAGCUAAAAGACAAAUAAACUAUUUAUAUAUAAAACUAACAUGCAAAAGAGUUCGAGCCAUUGUCAUACAUAAAGAAGAAUGUAAUGAUGGUAACAAACAAUAAAAGUAUAAAAAUAAAGAAAAAUAAAGAAAACCUA